UCAUCACCCUCACAAUGCGCAGCCGCAAGGAGAAGCCCAUCUUCCGCGGCCUGACCAUCGCCGCGGUCGGCAACCUCGGCGGCAGCGCCCAGUGGACCGACACCAACAUCGCGCGCUGGGUCGGGCUGCGCGAGGGCCGGUUUGUCAGGGAUGGUGCGGGUGCGGGUGCGGGUGCGAGUGUGAGUAUGGGGGCGGGAAAGAUCAUCGGGGUGGGGAACGGGGAGGGAACGGGUGCGGGCGGGGACGCGGAAGUGACGCAUGUGGUUUGCACGGGGGAGGAGUUUCGGCGGAGGGGGCGGUUGGUGAAGGCGGCUCUUAAAUGCCCCAAGACGUGUCACAUUGUCACGCUGGACUGGCUGGAGGACUCGAUGCUGAAGGGGAAGCGGCUGGAUGAGGAGCUGUACUCGCAUCUGCGGGCGCUGAAGAGGGAGAGAGAGCGGGAGCGGAAGCGGUUGAUGGUUAUCAAGGGGCUGGAGAAGGCCGUGAAGGAGGUUAAUCCGAAUCUCUACCAUCUUUACCGCGACCAUACGUUCUUUCAGUACGAGGUGGUGAUGACUCGAGACAAUGAGGAGGCUGGAAUCCAGGGGGAGCGGUACAUUCUUUCGAUGUUCGAAUCCAACAACGACAAACCGCGCCUCUACUGGUUCGUGGCCAAGUACUACAAGAAGAAAGGCGACACGCAGGCCAAGAUCCACCGUCCGAGCCACGCCCCGGGCAUGUUUGCGCGCGAGUUCGCUUUAUUUCAGUCCUUCUUCCGGGUCAAGACGGGCAUCGCCUGGGCACAGCGUCUCGUCAAGGAGGGGACCACAGACAAGCGCGUCUUCCAGUAUCAGCCGCCGACUGGUGGUAAGCCAGUUGGCUGGGUCCCGAUAGAGCAUGUCCCGGUAGAGCAUGUCCCGGCAGAGCAUGACCCGACUGAGACUCCCAGCGGUGUCGUAGUUGACAAGAACGUGAAUACCGCAACUCCUACUCAACCCAGUGCAGUCGCAAACGCAAACGGCAACGGCGGCGCCAUUCCCAUGGCUUCGCCAACUAUUGGCACAUCUUCGAGCGCUCCCAACCCUCAUCGCCAAUCACCAUUCUUCAUCCCCCUAGCAUACUCGCCUCGACCUCAACACGGAGCCCAGGAUCAACGCACUCCCGACUUUUCAUCAAGGACGGCACCCACUUUCGGCUUGCUUACUGGUGCCAUCUCGCCUUCUAUCGUUGGUCUUACUGGAAGAGACAACGCAGUUUGCGCUCUUUGAAGGGCUCAUCGGACGAUCAACGUCACACGACAGAGAGGAGAGCGAGGUUUGAGGGUUCAUUGACACAUUCGGGUUUGAUGCCUCGACAGGGAGAGCCGCCUAAGACACAGCGGCUGUCAAAUAUGUCGUUUGUUUUGUAGGGACGGACCCCUCGCCGUACGAAGGUCCACGAGAUGAACGGCGUCGGCGCUCCCACAGCCCUACGGUUUGAGACCUGCAUAUCGCGGUCAUCCCGCGGAGGGAAUAAGGCUCCCAGUUCCACACUCGAUGAUUUACCCCUAUUUUUACACACGCAUCGUUUCUUUUCCGGCAUAGUCAACUAGUAGUCGAAUAGGCAAUCAAAAUAGUAAUAUCAUCAUCAUUACCCCAUCAUAAUACACGCUAACCCCCCCUCUCCAGCUCCUUAAGAAAAGAAAGGCAGUGCCGAUUAAUCUGUACAGUAG